AUGACAACAGCGCUUUCCAACAAUAUCACUAUCAGGUCCCGGGCAGCCCGGAACCUGACUCUCACACUCAAGGCCUCUGGGCCAAGGGUGAGAAGAGACAGUCUUGUUCCUCUUGUCCGAUGCUCGUCUACUACCACCAAUGCUGACGCUGCGCUUGAGGCAACUCGCACAAACACACCCGUUGUGAAUGGAGCAGAGACACCUCUAUCAGAACUUCCUCCUCUUAUCCUUUACCGAUCUCUCUUCAUCAACGCUGUCUCUUCAAGACCAUGGCUCCUCAUUCCAUCUCUCCACCUUCUCCAGAAGCUCUCACACGCUGGAAACCCAUACCUUUUUAAUGUUUCCCGGAACCCAUUGCUGCGAUCUAUUCUAAAGCACACAUUCUACAAACAAUUCUGCGCUGGUGAGACUGGGGCGGAAGCCCAGGCGACGAUGAAGGAGUUACAAGACAUGGGAUUCAAGGGUACGAUUCUCACAUUUGCAAAGGAAACUGUCUUUGAUUCAAAGACGGGUACUGAGCAGGGUCACGGAAUUGAGACAUCAACCACAAAUGAAUGCCAGUGGUGCGACAACAUCGAAGCCUGGAGAGACGGAACGUUGAAGACAGUUGAGCUACUCAGAGAGGGUGAUCAACUGGCUACCAAACUCACUGGCGCUGGACCUGGCGUCUGCGAAGCCCUUCACAACGACGCACCACUCCCCAAGCAGUUCGUCGACGCGUGCUACGAAAUCUCCCAAAAGGUCAAAGACCGCGGCGCAUAUAUUCUCAUCGAUGCUGAGUCCCAGCACUACCAAUGGGGCAUCUUCCGCCUCGGCAUGGAGCUUCAAGAGAAGUUCAAUACCGAUGGCAAUGUUGUCCUCUACAACACAUACCAGGCGUAUCUCAAGAGCACUCAAGAUACUAUCCAGAAGCAUCUUCAGAUCGCAUCCGACAAGGGCUUCACUCUUGGAGUCAAGGUUGUUCGAGGUGCCUACAUGUCGUCUGACCCUCGUUCGCUCAUUCACGACACAAAGGAAGACACAGACGACAACUACAACCAGAUCGCACAAGGUGUCCUGCGACAAGACUUCCUUGGCUUUGGUGGGUUCAACAAGAAGCCGUUCCCCUCGGCUCAAUUGCUUCUCGCCAGCCACAACAAAGAAUCUCUGGUCAAAGCGCACGAGACGCACCAAGAGCGCACUAAAGCCAACCUACCCACAGUCCCUGUCAAGUUUGCUCAGCUUCACGGCAUGUCGGAUGAGGUCAGCUUUGGACUGCUCAAACUGAAGGAUGAUAAGGGUGUUGCACCCGAGGUGUACAAGUGCACUACGUGGGGUACAUUGGGGGAGUGCAUGGCGUAUCUGACCAGACGCGCUAUUGAGAAUCGGGAUGCGGCAUCGAGGACGUUGGAUGAGUACACAGCUUUGAAGAACGAGGCUUGGAGACGUCUUGCUUUUUGGAGAUGA